AGAGGCAACCCCGGGUGGGCGGAGCCGAGGCUGGGAGAGGCGGGCGGGGCUGCAGGGCGGAAGCUGCCAUCUAGCCGUGGCGGAAGCACGUCCCCUGCGGGGCAAGAUGGUGGCACCCAGGCGGACCUCGAGCAAGGGUAAAUGAGAGGCAGUCCUCACAGGGAAGCAGUGCUGGAAAGAAUCACACUGGGGAGGCAGCAGGAGUGUCAAGAUGCUGUCGAGGCCAAAGCCAGGGGAGUCCGAGGUGGACCUGCUGCGCUUCCAGAGUCAGUUUCUCUCGGCCGGCGCAGCCCCAGCAGUACGACUGGUGAGGAAAGGGAGCAAGAGAGAUGGUGAUGCCGACCCAGACCGGCCGCGGCUCCAGGGCCCUCGGGAUGUGGUAAUGCUGGACGAUCUUCCAGAUUUACCCCCAGUGCUGGUCCCUGCUCCCCCAAAGAGAGCCAGGCCCAGUCCUGGCCACCCGCUGCCUGAGGAUGAGGACCCUGAGGAGAGGCUGAGCAGGCACGACCAGCACGUCACUGCUGUCCUGGCGAAGAUUAUCGAGCGAGAUACAAGUUCAGUGGCUGUGAAUCUGCCUGUGCCCAGUGGCGUUGCCUUCCCCCCUGUAUUCCCUCGCUCACAGGAGAGACAGGGGAAGCCAGCAACAUCUGGUAAGAGAAGCAUCUUUGCCCAGGAGAUUGCGGCAAGAAGGUUCUCUGAAGCCAGGGGCCCACCAGCUGGGGAAGUUAUACACAACCUGGACCCACCAGAGGGGACCUGCGAGGCACCCGCCCCUAUGGACCAGGGCUGCCAGCUUCCAGGUAGCAGCCAGAGCUUCCAGGGACCCCAUCUGGUCACAGGGAAAGGCCUCAGGGACCAGGAGGCUGAACAAGAAGCCCAGACCAUCCAUGAAGAGAAUGUGGCAAGACUGCAGGCCCUGACUCCAGAGGAGAUCCUGCAAGAACAGCAGCGGUUGCUGGCUCAGCUUGACCCCAGCUUGGUUGCCUUCUUGAGAUCUCACAGCCGUAAACAGGAGCAAACAGGGGGAAAGGCCACUGAGGAGCAGAGUCCAGGAGGACCCUCCAUUCGUGUCAUCAAAGAGGAGCCCAUCAUGUCACCUUCUGCCAAUGGGUCCAGGGAGGAAGAUAAGCUGCAGCCAGGAGCACCAGCUCCAGCACUGCCCGUGACCCCCCACAAGGAAUGGCUGCACAUGGACACUGUCGAGAUGGAGAAGCUCCACUGGACCCAGGACCUGCCCCCACUCCGACGGCAACAGACGCAGGAGAGAAUGCAGGCUCGGUUCAGUCUUCAGGGAGAGCUGCUGGCCCCCGACGCGGACCUGCCCACCUAUCUGGGCCUGCACCACCAUGGAGAGGAGGCAGAGGGGGCACUGCGGUGCAUCCUGGCUCCUUCUGACAUCUCGUCUCUGCCCCAGAGAGCAGGAUACUCCCUACAGGAGCUGUUCCACCUGACCCGCAGCCAGGUGUCCCAGCAGAGAGCACUAGCGCUGCACGUGCUGACCCAGGUCAUCAGUAGGGCCCAGGCUGGUGAGUUUGGGGACCGGCUUGUAGGCAGCGUCUUGCGCCUCCUUUUGGAUGCUGGUUUCCUCUUCUUGCUGCGCUUCUCCCUGGAUGAUAGAGUGGAUGGGGUCAUCGCGGCCGCCGUCAGGGCUCUUCGGGCUCUGCUGGUGACUCCUGGAGAUGAGGAGCUUCUCGACAGCACUUUCUCUUGGUACCUUGGAGCUUUGGUGUUCCCUCUGAUGCCCAGCCAGGAGGACAAGGAGGAUGAAGAUGAGGAUGAAGACCCCCCAGCAGAAAAGUCACCAAAGUGUCCUGAGGAAGGAAGCCGGCCUCCACCUGACCUAGCCCGACAUGAUGUCAUCAAGGGGCUCCUGGCUACCAACCUGCUGCCUCGGCUACGCUACAUACUGGAGGUGAUCCACCCCGGACCUGCGGUGGUCCUGGACAUCCUAGCCGUGCUCAUCCGUCUGGCCCGGCAUUCCACGGAAUCAGCCACAAGGGUCCUGGAGUGCCCUCGACUCAUAGAGACUAUAGUUCGAGAGUUCCUUCCCACCAGCUGGUGCCCCGUGGAGGGAGGACCCACCCCCAGUCUACACCAAGUACCCUGUGCCACUGCAAUGAAACUGCUUCGUGUCCUGGCCUCGGCUGGCAGGAAUAUUGCUGCCCGACUGUUGAGUGGCUUUGAUCUUCGGAGUCGCCUAUGCCGCUUCAUAGCUGAGACUCCCCAAGAACUGGCCUUGCCCCACGAGGAAGCUGAGACCCUGAGCACCGAGGCCAUCCGUCUGUGGGCCGUGACUGCCUCCUAUGGCCAGGGUAGUGACCUUUACAGGGAGCUGUACCCAGUGCUGAUGCAGGCCUUGCAGACCGUGCCGACAGAGCUCAGCGCCCACCACCCUCGGCCCCUGUCCAUGCAGCGGGUAGCCUCAUUGCUCAGUCUCCUCACCCAGUUGACCCUGGCAGCCAGCCCCACCGCUCUUGGACCCACCGGUGACUCUGCUGAGGCCAGCCUGUCGGCCACCCCUUCCUUGAUCACUUGGGCACAGGUGUCUGGGCUCCAGCCUCUCGUGGAGCCAUGUCUAAGGCAGACCUUGAGGUUGCUGCCCAGCCCUGACCUGUGGAGUGCCCUGGGCCCAGUGCCCACUGCCUGCCUGCUCUUCCUGGGUGCCUACUACCAGACCUGGAGCCAGCAGCUGAGCUUGUGCCCGGGGGAGUGGCUUCAGGAUGCGGAGCGCCUGCUGGAGGAGCUGUUGCUGCCACUGCUGAGUCAGUCUGCCCUGGGCAGCCUGUGGGACGCCCUUAGGCUCUGCUCUCCUCUCUGCAACCCGCUGUCCUGUGCUCCAGGCCCUGAGGUGCUCCCCAGCCUCGUGUCACUGGGCCAUGCGGGAGACUGCCCGCCUCUCAGUCUGGCAGGCUCAGCCUCACCUUUCCCGUUCCUCACCGCUCUCCUGUCCCUCUUCAAUACCCUGGCUCGGAUCCACAAGGGGCUGUGUGGCCAGCUGGCUGUCGUGCUGACUGCCCCAGGACUCCAGAACUAUCUCCUCCAGUGCGUGGCCCCGGGGGCUGCCCCACAUCUCACGCCCUUCUCUGCAUGGGCCCUGCGCCAUGAGUACCACCUGCAGUACCUGACACUCGCCCUGGCCCAGAGAGUGGCGGCAUACCAGCCAGUGCCAGCCACCAGUGCAGCCCUCCUUCAUGGUCUGGCCUUGGCCCUGCUAAGCAGGCUGCUGCCUGGAAGUGAGUACCUCGCCCACGAGCUGCUGCUGAGCUGCGUGUUCCGACUGGAGUUCCUCCCAGAAAGUGCAUCAGGGGGUCCAGAAGCAGCCGACUUCUCUGACCAGCUCUCCUUAGAGAACAGCAGGGACCCACGGAGCAAGCGGGGGGUUCUCCUAGCUCAGGCCUGCCAGGACCUCCCCAGCAUCCGCAGCUGUUACCUGACCCACUGCUCGCCCACCCGAGCUGGCCUGCUGGCCUCCCAGGCCUUGCACCGAGGGGAGCUACAGCAAAUCUCAACCCUGCUGCUGCCGGUGCCUAAGGAGCCACUGCUGCCCACAGACUGGCCCUUCCUGCCAUUGAUUCAUCUCUACCACCGGGCUUCAGACACGCCCUCGGGGCUCUCUCCCACGGACACUGUGGGCACAGCCAUGCGGGUCCUGCAGUGGGUGCUAGUUCUGGAGAGCUGGCGCCCCCAGGCCCUGCAGGCUGUGCCUCCUGCUGCCCGCCUGGCACGGCUCAUGUGCGUGUUCCUGGUGGACAGUGAGCUAUUCCGAGAGACCCCAAUCCAACGUCUGGUGGCAGCUCUUCUAGCCCAGCUCUGUCAGCCUCGAGUCCUGCCAAACCUCAACCUGGACUGCCCACUUCCUGGCCUGACAUCUUUCCCCGACCUCUAUGCCAACUUCCUGGAGCAUUUUGAGGCUGUCUCUUUUGGAGACCACCUCUUUGGGGCUCUGGUCCUCCUUCCCCUGCAGCGUCGGUUCAGUGUCACCUUGCGCUUGGCCCUAUUUGGGGAGCACGUAGGAGCCUUGCGAGCUCUAGGCCUGCCUCUGAGCCAGUUGCCUGUGUCCCUGGAGUGCUAUACGGGGCCUCCUGAAGACAGCCUGACCCUCCUUCAGCUCUACUUCCGGGCCCUGGUUACUGGUGCUCUCCGUUCACAUUGGUGCCCCGUGCUCUAUGCUGUGGCUGUGGCUCACGUCAACAGCUUCAUCUUCUCCCAGGACCCAAAGAGUUCAGACGAGGUAAAGGCUGCCCGCAAGAGUAUGCUGCAGAAAACUUGGCUGCUGACAGAUGAGGGUCUCCGGCAGCACCUCAUCCACUAUAAGCUUCCCAAUUCCAACCUCCCAGAAGGCUUUGAGCUCUAUUCCCAGUUACCCUCUCUACGUCAGCAGUACCUUCAGAAACUGACCUCAGGGCUGCUCCAAAAUGAGGUAUCAGAGACCUAGAAUAGUCCUUACAGAUGAAGAGAUGGAUCCACUCUCCUAGAGGUCCCUAGUGGAUGCCUAGACAGACAGAAAUGCAUCAUGUCCUAAGGGCGGGCAAGAGAGAGCAGCAAAGACUUGCCUUCCUGCGACCAGGCUAUUUGAGUAUUUUUGAUGCAGAAUGAGCCCUGCAUUUCAUCCUGAUAUCUGGAACUGAUCUGGGGCUUCUCAGGGCCUGGGUGGAAAGUGAAACAUGACUUAGCUUCUUGGUCCCUUUAGGGACAGGACACACCACCUCUUGUCAGCUGCCUUUGCCUCCCACCCCAGGCCGGGAUAUAGGAAUGCUAUAGCAGUACAUUAAAAUAAAGCAUUUUUUAAUCUCCUGAGAA